GACGGAGAAAACACAAAAAGGAAAUGCACAGGAGAGAGAACUAAGGUCACGAGGACUUGCAGAUGAAAGAAAAAGCCUGAAAAGUGACAAACCUGGAUGUUGUUGUUUUUUAAUGUGGGACCUGGCAGUUGGACCAAAAAGGAAGGAAGAGGAGCAUCUGGAGAAUCUAGGACACUAAACUAACCUUCAUUAGUGACCAGACUGCUCAUAACACAAUGGCUGGGUUAACUGCUGUCCUUGUCCGUGGCUUUAAAUGUCCUCUGCCAUGGCAAAGCGUGAGGCUGGGAGCCCCAGCCCUGUGGUGCGUCAGAUAGACAAGCAGUUUCUGGUCUGCAGCAUCUGCCUGGAUCACUACCGCAACCCCAAGGUCCUGCCCUGCCUGCACACGUUCUGUGAAAGUUGUCUCCAGAACUACAUUCCCCCAGAGUCUCUGACGCUCUCGUGUCCAGUGUGUCGGCAGACGUCCAUCCUCCCAGAGAAAGGAGUUUGUGCGCUACAGAACAACUUCUUCAUCACUAAUCUCAUGGAGGUUCUUCAACGAGACCCAGAGUGCUCGCGGCCGGAGGCCUGCAGUGUCCUGGAGUCGGUCAGCGCUGCAGCUGCAGGGAAACCCCUCUGCUGCCCAAACCACGAAGGAAAGGUGAUGGAGUUUUACUGCGAGUCGUGUGAGACAGCCAUGUGUCUGGACUGCACAGAGGGCGAGCACAGGGAGCAUGUGACCGUUCCUCUGCGGGACGUCGUGGAGCAGCACAAGGCUGCGCUGAAGACACAGCUGGAUGCCAUACUGAGCAGGCUCCCUCAGCUAACAGCAUCCAUCGAGGUGGUGAGUGAGAUUUCUCGCCAGCUCAAUGAAAGGAAGAAUGAGGCGGUGGCAGAGAUUACCAGUACGUUUGAAGAGCUAGAGCGGGCGCUGCAUCAGCGCAAGACGGCCCUCAUCACAGACCUGGAGAACAUCUGCACCACUAAGCAGAAGGUUCUGCAGACGCAGCUUUCAUCUCUCCUCCAGGGGAAGGAACACAUCCAGAGCAGUUGCAGCUUUACGGAGCAGGCUCUCAGCCAUGGGAGUGCUACUGAGGUGCUCCUAGUUCAGAAGCAGAUGAGUGAGCGUGUGAUAGCUCUGGCCAGACAUGACUUCCCAGAGAGACCACAUCAGAACGCACACCUGGAUUGUCAGGUGGAGACUGAAGGUCUGCGGCGUUCCAUCCAGAACCUGGGUGUUCUGCUCACCACGGCCGCUGUGGCUCACACCUCCGUCGCCACGGGAGAGGGCCUCCGCCAUGCAGCUACUGGGCAGCACCACACCGUUACUGUGACAACAAAAGACAAAGAUGGGGAGUUGGUGCGGACAGGAAACGCUGUUUUAAAAGCAGAGAUAACAUCUGCUGACGGGAGCCGCGUUGCAGAGGCAGAGAUAACAGACAAUAAGAAUGGUACUUAUGAGGUGGGCUACACGUUACGAUCUGAGGGAGAGUACUCUUUCGCUUUGCUGCUGUACGGCCAGCCGGUACGUGGCAGCCCGUUCCGCCUGCGGGUGGUCAAGCCCUCAGAUGUGCCACAGUCUCCAGAUGACGUGAAGAGGAGGGUGAAGUCCCCCAGUGGGACAGGAGGUCACAUUCGUCAGAAAGCGGUGCGUCGGCCUUCCAGCAUGUACAGCACCACCAAGAAAAAGGAGAACCCCAUCGAGGAUGAGCUCAUCUACAGAGUGGGUUCCCGGGGCAGAGAAAAAGGAGAGUUCACAAAUUUGCAGGGAAUCUCAGCAUCUUGUAACGGCAGAGUGGUAGUGGCUGACAGCAACAACCAGUGCAUACAGGUAUUCUCCAAUGACGGCCAGUUCAAGAUGCGCUUUGGGGUCAGAGGUCGCUCUCCAGGACAGCUGCAGAGACCAACAGGCGUGACUGUAGACAUGAACGGUGACAUUGUGGUUGCCGACUAUGACAAUCGAUGGGUCAGCAUCUUCUCCUCUGACGGCAAGUUUAAGAAUAAGAUCGGCGCAGGCCGGCUCAUGGGUCCUAAGGGUGUGGCUGUGGACAAGAAUGGACACAUCAUCACCGUGGACAACAAGGCCUGCUGUGUCUUCAUCUUCCAAUCCAAUGGGAAGUUGGUGACUAAGUUUGGAGGCAGGGGGACGUCAGACAGACAGUUUGCAGAAAAACUUGGCCCAAACUUUAAUAAAUCUGGCUCAGUGUUCAGUCCACACUUUGUUGCAGUGAACAACAAGAAUGAAAUUAUUGUGACUGAUUUUCACAAUCACUCUGUAAAGGUGUACAGUGCAGAUGGAGAGUUGCUGUUUAAAUUUGGUUCUCAUGGUGAAGGCAACGGUCAGUUCAAUGCUCCCACUGGUGUGGCUGUGGACGCCAACGGAAACAUCAUUGUAGCCGACUGGGGUAACAGCAGAAUACAGGUGUUUGACAGCACAGGCUCCUUCUUAUCUUACAUCAACACCUCAGCAGACCCGCUGUACGGCCCACAGGGCCUCGCCCUCACCUCAGAUGGACAUGUGGCUGUGGCCGACUCUGGAAACCACUGCUUUAAAGUUUACAGAUAUCUGCAGUAGGCAGAGGGAGGACAUCACUGACACAACCCCUGCUGAGGCAGUUAACGUCACAUACUGCUCGGGAACA